CUCUCGUCCCCCACCCACCCACACUUUGGAACCCCUGAUAAGCAGAUUUAUUUGGAGGUUAGCCCCCUCUUUUCUCUCCACUUGAUGAAGACCGCUUGUGUUGGCGAUCGAAACGUCGUGGAUUUUUUAACUUUUCUGAUUUUCAAUUUUUUAAAAUUUAAAUUAGCUAUCUACGUGACUUUACCGAAAGAACCAAGAAUAUAAUUUAUUUAUUUCGACAACCAAUCCGGCGUCCAGAAACAGGACUCGGAUCCGCUACCCCACAGAUCGUCCCCUCGGCUACUCCCGGCGGCGCCAGGUCGCCCAUACCAGGCUCGACCAUGUGCGGCCGCACUGCGUGCCCACUGCCGGCGGGCCAGGUGUCGCGGGCGUGCACGUACCGGGACAGAAAGGGCCGCCGAACCGUGCCGGCGUGGAGGGAUGGCGACGCCACCAAAUACCGGCCCUCCUUCAACAAGAGCCCCAGCACUUUCUGCCCCGUGCUCGUGUCCAAGCGACACUUCUGCCAGGACGCGGAGCCCGGUGAGCGCGUCCUCGCCGCCAUGCGCUGGGGCCUUGUGCCGCUGUGGUCCCGUGAGCCGACCUCCACCUACAGCAUGAACAACUGCCGCAGCGACACCAUGACAGAGAAGAAGUCCUACCAGGUGCCCCUCAACAAGGGCCAGCGCUGUGUGGUGGUGGCCGACGGCUUCUUCGAGUGGCACAGGGGCAAGACCAAGCAGCCGUACUUCAUUUAUGCACCAGAGAACCGCGACCGCCUACACCUGCUGCUCGAGGCGGCUGAAGCGACCACCAGCGGUGAGAACAUCAAGAUGGAGGAGCUGAAGGAAGAGGUGACAAAGGAGGGGAAGGUGAAAAAGGAAGAGGAGGUGAAGGAGGAAGUGAAGGAGGAAGUGAAGGAGGUGAAGGAGGAGGAACGCUGCGGUGUGGAGGAGGAGGUUGAGGAGUGGCGUGGCUGGCGUCCCCUCACAAUGGCGGGUCUCUUUGAGUGCUGGCAGGGUGCAGGGGCAGAGGAGCCCCUCUACACCUUCACCGUAAUCACUGUAGACGCGUCGCCCACGCUGGCCUGGCUGCACCACCGCAUGCCGGCCAUCCUAGAAGAUGACGAUGCCGUGCGGCGCUGGCUGGACUUUGGCACGCUGCCCGGCGGCAAGGCGGCGCUGGAGGAGCUGGUGCGGCCGAGCGAGCGCGUGGCUUUCCACGCCGUCUCCACCUUCGUCAACAACUCGCGCAACAACUCGCCCGAGUGCGUGCUCGAGGCACGGCCGCAUGACCCUGCCACCGCCGAGAAGCCGCAGAAACCCAAUGGCAGCAGUCUCCUCAUGAUGAACUGGCUGAAGAAGAGUGAGAAGAAGGAGGGAGCUUCCCCAUUGAGCACUAAGUCGGAGCCUCAGGAGAAUGAUGGCGAGGAGGGAGCGGAGGGAAGCGACACGAAGAGGAUGAGGCUUGCCUGACCGCCACCUCGUACAGAUGCGAGGAGGGCUUGAUAUACUGGUGGGGGUGAAGUGAUGUGGAAGAGAUGCAAACACCGUUGAGUCAGUGUCACUCGUCCCAGGUGGCAGAGAGUUAGUGGUGUCCGUUUCUUUAUAUGGCAAUGUCGAAAAGAAGAGGUUAUUGCAUAGGCAUCCCAAUAAUAACACUGGUCAACACACUUUUUCUGGCAUAAGGUAUUCCAACGGUUUGAAGGUAAAUUUGGGGUGCCGAUUCCAAAUCUGGCAUUAGUUUUUGUCUAUCACAUCAGGUUUUUGAGAUAUCAAAUAUUGCAUUUUCAAUAAAAACUGCAGAAGAAAAAUAUUAAAUAAAUGUGGAUAUCUACAUAAAAUGAUAUUAUAAACACACUAUCCUAAAAAACAGCACCAUAUUUUAACACUAAAGCAGUCACUGACUCGCAACAACUUGCAAUCAUAAGUGACAGUUAAUUUCGGGUAAAAUCAAUGAAAAUGGGGUAUGCCGAUAGCAUAAAAAUGAGAUGUGAUAGAGCACUGCAAAAGUCCAGGCCAGAAAAAAAAAAUUUUUGUUGUUGACCAGUGUAAUAAGACUACCCCUAACAAAUCUAGUCAACCAGUCACUUGAACCUGCACUUUCUCUGGACCCUAACCGUACAAGUGAAGCAAACAGUAGCCAGACAACCAGCCACGAGAACUCGCCCUCUUACAGACUGUAACCAUGUCACCAAGGUACCUUUUUUUUUACUUUGUUCAUACUUCACUUUUGUUGCAGGCACAGGGAGAGCGAGUUGAGCCACCGACACAGCUUUGCGACGAAACCCUGGAAGCAAUGCAGCCAUUCGUCGCUUUCACCAAAAAUGACAUUCGAUUCCUCGUGGCCGUCAGUCGACGAUCGCGCGGAUCCUCUCUUCCACCUCUUGACGUUGUCGUCAAUCGCCGCAACGGAGAGCGACGGCCACACCGAGGGACCUCUACCCGUGUGUUGACGGUGCAAUGUUUGUUGAAUGUUUGAGCCUCGUCACUGUUAAUGUUAGUUUUCUCAGCAGAUGUAUGCUGUUGAAGACGAGGGGGCUUUCGAGUUGAUCUCCAUUUCAGGGGUAUUUUUUCCGUAACUACACUUGGAAGAAAAUGUGAAAACGGUUCAAGUUUAGAAAACAUUGUGUAUUUGCUUUAAUUUAAAGCUUUCGUGACUGCAGGGAUUCAUCUUCUUGGUUCUUUCGGUAAAGUCACGUAGAAGGGAAAUAAUAAAAUAAAACAUAAUAAAAUAAUUCUCACGACGU